CCAAUGUCCUGAACUCGGCUCUCCCACCUCAGGGGCUCAGGCCUGACUCCUGGCCGGAGCACCAAGACCCUGUAAGCCACUCGGCUGCUAAUGCUGGAGGGUAUCCUGCAGAGGCGGGGGGUGGCUAGGGCUCGGCUGGGGCUCACGGCCAGGACAAGGAUCUGGGAGCAGAAGUUCUCUGUUAUUCUUUGAAUAUUAGAUGUAGUGCAGAUAUACGUUGUGAUUGUAAAACGUAGAGUCAUUUGCUUUAAUAGUUCUCUGAAUGUCUUUGGAAUUUGACAAGCUUUCCCAGAACACAAGCCUGAAGAGAAAGCCAGUAAUAGCCUGCAUGUUAAACUGAACUCUCAAGAACUAAUUUGGGGCCCACUUUAGCAUAGACUAAUAGAUGAUCAACGCCUUAGAGUUCUAUUGUAUUACCUAGGACAGGGUCACAUUUGUUUUAAUUACGACAGGAAACAUUUUUUGAAUGUAUGUAGCCUUCGGAAAAAAAAAAAAAGUCUCAGAAUUACCUGUCCCUCAACAAUGUAACUUCCAAAAGUAACAUAUUUUGAUUGCAAAAUGUCUACUUAGGGACAGAAUUAGCUGAGUUACUAUAUGAGAUUGUCACCUAUUUAGAUAGUUAAAUGUUGGCAUAUAGGAUCAUAUAUUUUUAAAAUAUGACCUUAAUGUUAGUUAAACUCUUGCUUCUCUCUGAAAGCAGUUAGAGAGCAUUGCCAGUAAUUGAUUCGAGUCAUUCCAAUUUUGUUAACAGUGCUUCUGUAUCAUCAUGAUAUCUAUAUAUAAACACAGGUUUGUUUCAUUUUUGAAUGGGUUGAUUUCUACUCAGAAGAAUAGAAAUUACCAUCCAUGCUUUGACCUACUGAAAGUAGUCUUUAUGGUUCCUCAAAGUUGUUCCAGCUAAUCCAGACUUUAGAAAUGUUAUUUGGAAGCAUAAGCAUUAAUACCAUGGGGUAGUAUAUAGUAAUAUGGCAAAGAGAACUCAGAACAAUAUGCUUAGUAUCAAAAAUAUUGAGAGAGUGGAUUAGGGGGAAAUUUUUAUCUUUGCUUUCUUUACAGCUCUGCCAUGAAGUAAAGCUUCGGAGGAAAAUCAACAUGAGUGAACGUGCGAUUAUUGAUCUUGAUCGUGAAAAGGCCAUUCAAGACAAAAUGAUGGAAUCUUCUCCAAAUUAUCCCAAUUCAAGACAAUGUGAAUUUACAGGGAUGAAUCACAGGGAUGGUCUGGGGAAGAAAGACAACCAAAAGGAAUGUGAGACCCCGCCUGACCUGAGGACUUCUGAGGAAGAGAACAAGAGGUGCUCUGGUGCCCUCAACACAGCUCUUGAAGAACUUGCCAAAGUUAGUGAAGAAUUAUGCAACUUUCAAGAGGAAAUUCGAAAGCGUUCUAACCACAGAAGGAUGAAGUCAGAUUCUUUUCUCCAGGAAACACCAGUUGUAACUAAUAUGCCUUAUGGAGAUCACACAAUUAACAACAACCAGUGCAUUACUCCAACCAGUUUAGAAAAAGAGAAAAAGAAAAAUAGAAAGAAUCUGAGCUGUACUGAUGUUUUCCAAAACAAUUCUAAGAAAAAAGGUGGAAUUGAUAAAACUGAUCUGCAAAGAAAUGAAACCCCACCAGUUCCUCCUCCAAGAAGUACAUCUCGAAAUUUUCCCAGCUCAUGUUCUGCACAAGCCCAUGAAAGUUUGAAGGAAAGUUCAGACCACAAUGGCUGGGUGGCCCAAGAAGGUCAAGGCAAAAAGAACUGCAACCCUCAUUUCCUGUGGAGGCACGACGAGAUGCCUACGCUGUGUCUAAAUGAAAGGAAGACUUUGAAAGAUGGUAUCACAGUUUCUUCUUUGGCACCAGAAACCAAAAUAGAUAAAAAGCCUUCAUGUAAUGAAAAUGUUGGACUUACCGUGUGGUCAUGCGACACUGGGAUUGGUGCAAAAAAUAGCCCCUCUACACCAUGGUUCCAGAAAGCCUGCUCUAUUCCCAAUAAGCCAAAAUAUGAAAAGGUGAUUCCAGAUCACCCUGCUAAAUGUCAUCCUGAUCUUCACAUAAGCAAUGUCUGUAGCUCCUUGGUGACACAGAGCAGCAGCCCGCUGAGAAGUUUCAGUUGUGGCUUUGAAAGGACUACUAGGAAUGAAAAGCUGGCAGCAAAGACUGAUGAAUUUAACAGAAUCGUAUUUAGAACAAAUAGAAAUUGUCAUGCAGUACAGCAAAGUCAAAGCUACUCAGAACCACCUGAAGAUCUUCAGCCCUCUGAUACUUCAAUUUCUUGCACGGAUAACAUCUCAGAAAGUGACAGUGUUUCUGACAUUCUGAAAACCAGUGCCCCCAUGCCUGUGCCCAGGGAAAAUGUGCAUGAUAAUUCCACCAAAAAACCCACAACAGGCCUAUUCAGACAAAUGCAGGAACACAUAAGCCCUAGCAGUUACCGGAAUAUGCUCCACGAGCAUGACUGGAGACCAAGUAACUUGUCUGGCCGACCAAGGUCAGCUGAUCCCAGGUCAAAUUAUGGUGUGGUGGAAAAGCUGCUGAAAACCUAUGAGACAUCAGCGGGGUCCGCAUUGCAAAAUUCUAAAUGCUUCCAGGCUAAUUGGACCAAAUGUAAUUCUGAGGUCAGUGGUGGAGCCACAUUAAGUCAGCAUUUUAAAAAGCUCCAAAUAGAACAAGAGCUUCAGCAAAAGCCAGCUAUGUGUGGAGCACAGCAAGUGAGGCAAGGAGCAGAUCGGAAAAAGGUAACUGAGGAAUCCGUGGCAGUGAAAUGCUCACAUGGAAAAGGAUUUUCCCGACCUGCUAGACCAGCAAAUCGCCGUCUCCCAUCCAGGUGGGCAUCCAGAUCUCCAUCGGCACCCCCUGCCUUGCGGAGAACUGUCCACAACUUUCCCAUUUCUCUGCGAUCAGAAGCAUCGAUGGUCUGAGUCUCUGGCCUGGAUUGCUGGAUUACAAAAGUCCCAGUUGCCAAACAGAGUAUUCUGAGUGUUUACAACCAAUUCUGUCUCUUCUGUAUUUUUCAAGAUUACUGGGACAAUUGAAAUCUUAACUUCCCAUCAGUCUUCAGUGUUUUUAAUCUAUGGAACAAUUAUCCUCCUGUAUUUUGAUUUUUUAGAUCAGAAUUUUUUAAUGCCAUCCUCAUUAAUUUGCCAAUAUGAUUUAAGUUGAAACAAUGUACUAUAUUGUAUAUUCCAACUUUCUUGCAAGUGGCAGAAAGCAAGGUUAUUUGCAUGGCCGUGUGUUUUGUAGGUGCAUGUGUUGAUAUAGGAAGUAUCAGUAUGUAUUUAGAUAAGAAAAACUUAUGUGCUAGUGUUGACUUUGAAAUUAUAACAUGUAUACCUAUAUAUUCUUUGUGUUUAUUUAAAAUUUUUAAAAAUA